AGUUUAAUUUAAAAAAUGAAAACUAGAUCAUAUGUUUUAACAACUCAAAUGGUAUACAAGUUUUCAUUAUUAUUAGAUAUGAUUCGCCGCUUGAAAAUAAGGCGGACAUUUCGACAUAUCAUAUAAACGUUUAUAUACAUGUACAUAUUGGGAUACCAAUUGCUAUUUAUGGAUACAUGUAAGUGCAAAUGCAAACGUAAAAUAUAUUCGACGUGAUUGUAUAAAAUGGAAGGGAUAAUUUUUAUGCUACUUGUAUUUAUUUGUGUGAGUGAGCAAGUCCAGAGAGCAGAAUACAUGUGCCAUGGAGACUGGUGUAACAUUGGUGAUAAGCUUCAAUUCUGCUCAGAGACUUUUAAGUAUUGUAGAAAUUGUGAGGAUAUCAAAGAGGAAUGCGGCACAGCAAGUCAACCAAGGAACUGUACACAAUACUGCCAAGAUUUGGCUGUUGAAAGAGCGAUCACAAAAACCAUGAAAGAAAAUGAAGAUUCCUGUAUAGUUCUACCAACGUUGAUGAACUUAGCACACGGCAAUGCUAUGCUCCCACCUUACAAUGGUAGCCGAAUUCCAUCAGAAUCUGCAAUUGUGUAUAGAUGCGACGUUGAUUACAGAUUAGAAGGAAAUGAUACAAUUGUGUGCUUAGGCAAUGACUCUUGGAAUCAAAAGGCACUUCCUUACUGUUCUGAUCUAUCUUGGAUUGGUUUCAAACGUGCAACGUUGAUUCUCAGCAUUGUUGUUGUUUUGUUGGUCAUCAGCAUUAUCAUUUGCGUAAUAAUGCUAUGCAGAACUCGUAGAAAAGAAAAGGGACAACGAGUGUCAAGAACAAACAGUGAUAGUUCAUUCGAAAGCAGGGAAAAUAAAGAACCCUUGUUACCAGUUCAAGACCAAAGCAUAAAAACAGACGAUGAAACAUUGAACAUUAGUGUAAAUAGUAAUGUCACGCAUGAUCAGUAUAAUGACCCGUCAAAUCAAACUCCAGCUGCCCUCGCUGAUCCUGUUGCUCCUUCUGCACCACCUUUAGAUGAAAAGAAAGACAGUAAACAACCAAACACUAGCGAAGAAAAUCGUUCAGCUGGUCAAGAACCGGGAGGAGAAAAUACAACCAUUAUAAAUUUGAUGAUAAAUAACAUCAACUCAUCACGCUCACAUGAUGACAACAGACAGUCUGACGUCAGUGGAAAUGGAAGGGAUCCACAUGACAAUAUUCCUACAAGAAAUGAUGCUAAAAGUAUUGGCGAGAAAACUGGCACCACAGAAGAAUCUGUUGACAGUACUGCUGCAGAAAGAGGGACUGGAGGUAACAUUCACAACGAUAUUGGUAUGGCUGAGGAAAACGCUCAUGGAAAGAAAGGAAAGGGAACAAAACCAUUGCCAGGUCGUUCCACUGAGAAGGUAUCAGUCGGUAAAGGGCCACAAGUUAUUGCAGCAAAAAGGGAUAGUAUAACAACACCAACGAAGGAGACUGAACAAGAUGAUGUAUCCGAAAAUAUAGGAAUUAGUCGUGUCACAUUCAAUAAAUCAGAUAUAAAAGGAAUGCCAAUUGAAGUAGCAAACGAGGACGGUAUUGAGUCGGUAGUAAAAGAAACGGGACUGGAUGAUUCUUCAGCCAAAGUUGGGUUUGAUAAAUGCACUUUCUCUGCAUCUGACAUUAAAAUGAAUGAGCUAAAAGAAGUCGAUAGAGUUACAACAUAAAAAGAUGUCCAUCAGAGCAUGAAUAUAAAAAUUGUAAUGAUUUAAUUACACUUUGAAAUUUUAAAUAAUGACACUACAUAUUUAAACUAAGCCAAAGAACUUGUGUCAUGUUAAUUCUAUCAAAAUUUAAAUUGUUGUUUUAACAAAAAGAAGCGGUAUUCUGUGGUUAGUUUACUACACAUAGACUAUCAAAUAUCAGUUGGUAAAAAGAACCUGACAAGUUGUAGUGUUGAAGGAGCCAAAAUUAUAGGCCAGAAAUAUGAAAAGGUCCAAUCGAAGGAGACUGCUCGAGGAAAGCCAUCCCGCCCAGUGUGACGAGUGCUGUUAAAAGAGGAGAGGAUCAAUCAAGCAAAUUAAGAAUCCCGCGGCUGAUUACAAAAUCUGUACAUGUCGUUAAGAGCUUUUAUAUCUUUGUCGAUUAGUAAGAAAUUCUAUGUUACCUAUAUUUUAACUCCAUAAUAUGGCUUAACAUGAACAGGCGCAAUCAAACCGAGCCUGUAACGUUUUAAAUUUUGCAGAUUUUUCUGUUUGCUUUUCUUUGGUUGCAAAAUGAUAUUGUCCCGACAAUUUGAUUUGACGUAUUUUGCUAUCAUAGAAGUAAUGGGAAAAGACAUUUUCUGAGAUAAUUAAUGUUGAUUGAUGAGUAUUGUACCAUUUUAGGUCACCCCUUUUAUUAAAUUUGACAGGUGGGUCGAUUGACGGAGUGUGUAAGUGGCGGGAUGGAUUGCUCAUUAUACACUUACAUGUGUUAUGCUUACUUUUUUAUAGCAUCAAAUACAGUUAUAAUAGCCAUUAUGUUGUUGAGACAUUUACUAUGUGCUCUUUGGUAUUUGGUUCGUGUAAUGAGUAUGUAUUUGUGUAUUUUUUAAAAAAAUGAUUUGAUUGUAAAUGGUUUAAUUUUCACAAACUUUGAGCGGCGAGUUUGAAUAUUCACGCAUUUAGACUGGCGACCACCACAAUAGCAUACGAAUGUGCUUUUACGGAUAUAAUAGAAAAUUGGUCCGACUGUAUGCCUUUCAUUUUGUGAAAAUUAACAUUGUUUUCAACAGAAAUCUUUUAGAUAAUAGAUACUGCCUAUUUGUUGUGCUUUUCGGUUAAAUGAUACUGUUGUACAACACUUACAUUAAAUCUUUUUAAAAAAAUAGUGCGGCUUAUCCAUUUUGUGAAAUAAUCCUGGCUGUAUAUAUAUCUGCCAUUCAUAUUGUUGCAUGGAAUGCAUGCGUCUGCAAUAGAGCAUUGUUGCAGUAUGUUUGUAUGUCUUAAGUUCAAACAACUAUUUGUUUUUCCUCACUUAUUAUUGUAAAUAAUGCUAUUUUGUGUACGAUAGUUGUAAGUGUUUUGAAAGAGCAAUUGUAAAAUACAUAUUGAUUUUGUACAUACAAUUUUGAAGCAAUUCUUGGAUGUAUUUUGGAAUGGAAAUAUCAAUAUAAUGAUUAUGAUAAUUUUGUACUACGCUUAGAUACGCCUUUGCCUUGGCGUCAAUAUUAUCAUAGCAAUUGUAUUGAUUAUUCGGUUUUUGUUGUUGUGAUAUAAGGUAUACGUCGAGCUUGACUUACAUGUAUUUUAAUUUGCUUAAUCAACAUAUGAAAUGAUUAAAAGGAAAUAUUGUUUAUUAUGCUUUUUGGUCAUUGUUUUGUUUAACUUUCUGAUAAUUUGCUUUUACAUGUAAUUUUUUUAUUAAUAAAUAAUCUAAACAGUCAAUUAGCUUUUUGAAAAAAAAGUCUAAACGUACGAUUUAUUCAGGUAUUGAGUCCAAAUUAAGAAUAAAUUCAGACAAACAUACAUCAUAGUGUUCUAAAUUGAUUUCAUUGUAUAAAAAUGCACAUAAAAACACAUUUCAAAGAAAUAAGAAACUGGUACAAUAAAUUUGUAAGAUAACAAAUGUUGUAAUACUUUGUUCCUGAACGCAAACUGUUUUUUUUUUGUAAAUUAUUAUUUUGUUAGUUUAUUUUCUUUGCGUACAUCCUAAAAUAUUGCUUAAUAAAAAUGUAGCUUCA